AUGGCGGACAGAUAACAAUAAACAGAGGGGAGUGUCGGAAGCUUGUUUCAAAAUAUCGUCGUGUAUUACCGUUUGAUCAGAACGCUUUCUCAAUUAUCGUAAACAUAACGAGCUGUGGAUGAGAUGUGGYUAUAAUUUUCGCCGCUAGAACUCACUUUUACACAAGAAGAGAUGGCGGARAGAGAGGAAGAUGACAGRAAGGACAACAAGAAGAAAGACAAGGAUAAAGAGAAAGGAUACAAGGCUUUUCGUGCUGAGGAUAGCGACAGCGCUGGCGAAGAGCCUAAAGAGAARGACAGAGGGAAGAAAACUGUCAAGAGGGAAAAGUCAGUGGUGUUGAAGUUGAUCAAUAAGAAAAAAAAGGAUAAAAAGAAAGAUAAAGACAAAGAAAAAAGACCAAAACAUAAAAAAGCAGAACCUCAAUCUCCAAGUCACACACCAAAAAAACCAAUUUUUGGUGUACCUCUUGCACAAGCUGUAAAGCAGAGUAAAUCACCUGAUGGCGUCGACUUGCCCAAAGUCUUGAGAGAAGGCAUUGUAUUUAUAGAAGAAAAUGGUUUGGGUAUUGAGGGGAUCUAUAGAGUUUCAGGAGCAAAAUCAAAAGUUGAUGGUUUGAAGGAACUGUAUAAUGAAGGAAAAUCUGUUGACUUAAAAGAGUAUGAACCAGAGGUUGUAGCAGCCGUGGUUAAGAGUUAUCUCCGAGAUUUACCUGAAAAUGUUCUCACAACRAGUCUAGUUCCAAAGUUUAAUGAACUUCUUGGAAUGCAGGACAAGAAGGAACAGUUGAAUCAAGUCAAACAGCUAAUAAAAGAAAUGCCAGUAGAGAAUAGGACACUUCUUUCAUGGGUUUUUACUCACAUGAAGCAUGUCAUUGACAGAGGUUCAGACAAUAAAAUGAGUAUUCAAAACAUUGGUAUAGUUCUUAGUCCUACAAUGAGCAUCAACCAUGGCAUUCUGUUUAUUUUCCUUUCUAACGUUGAGGAGUUAUUCCCUGAUACGCAACUGAAAGUAUAUACUGGUCCACUGACUUUUAGAGUAGAAGAAGAUGAAGCUGAUUUACCAAGCAGUCCAGAUGCUAUAGCYUCAGCUCUCGCAAAACAAGAGGAGUUGCUAGCAGAGCUUCAUGUCAAAAUGCAGACCACAAACGAUGAUGAUGCUAAUGAGUUGCUUUGGGAAGUGCAAAGGACWGUAACACAAUUAAAAAGAAAGUUAAAAGCAGCCAAAGAAGCUUCUAAACCUAAGCAGAAAAAGGACAGCAAACAAAAUAAAAAAGAUAAAGAUGAAGCAGAACAUAUUAAAGUGCUUGAAGCUUCAGAAGCUGAACUCACCAUUGAAAAUGAGGAGCUGACUUUAAUAGGAGAUGAACUCAGGAAAAGGAUUGCUGAUGAAAGAGAGCAAAUUAAAAGACUACAAGACGAAAUAGCCACCAUUCUUCAACAACAAGAAGCAGAACAAUCCAUGAACGAUUCAGGGUCUGAAUCAUCUGAUAGUGAAACUGAGGUAGAUGAAACAGAACUGGAGAGCAUAAUGCAAGAUUUGAUUAAACAGAAUGAAGAACUUGAGAAAAGAAACACACAACUUUCUCAAGAGAUUCAUGAGCAGAGAGAGGCUUGUGCUGAGCUCAAAGUAAAAAUACGAGUACUUGAACAGAAAAAACUUGAAGCUGAACAGAAACUAGAACAGGAAAAAAUGCAAAGCACAACAAUUGCCACAUAGUGGACUUCAUCAAUUGCUGGUCGAUAUGGCAACAUUUCCAGAUGUGUGAUAUGUACUGAUCUUCUUAUGUGACGACAUCUAUGGCUUGUGUUUCUUCAUAACACUUUGUGAAUUCAAUGACAGAACUCAUUCGUACUGAAUCAACUUUACAGUUUUACCAGAAAGUUCAUAAACAUUUUCAAAUACCACUGAAAAGAGCAGGCUAACAUUUGGUAAAUAUGCCAAGAAGGGGGAAGAUGUAGCUCCACAAAAUCUAUAAUACAAUUGCCCAAUCAUAAAAAUGCAUGUUUUAUUUGUUAAAUUUGAUGAUAUUUUGACAGCAUUGUAUCUCUGAUAAUUUUUUUCUGAAGAUUUUUCUCGAACUUGGCAAAUUUACUAUAAAAUGUUUGUCUGUUUUUUUUUCAGUGGUGGCUACUUCACAAAUCUUUAUCUUAAAAUAUUAUCACCUAAUCUGCCAGCUUUGUUUUGAUUUCAAAUUAUCAUUAUGUAUUGUUAGACAUAGUUCACAUUUCUAAAAGUUGUUAUGUCCAAGCCUUGCUCACCCAAUAGUACUCUGUACCUGGAGCGRGUUGUUCAAAGGUCGAUUAGCGCUAAUCCUGGGUUAACUCCAUAUGUUUUCUAAGAGUUAACCCAUCAGGAUUAGCGGUAAUAGGGCUUUGAACAACCCGGCCCUGGUUCAUCCUGGACACCAUACAAUCACACCGCAGUGUUCAACACUAGGCACUAUAUUUGUUCACCAAGUGUUAAGAAAAGAAGCACUACAGGAAGCCCAUAGCUAAAUGUUACCACAGGAAGCCCAUAGCUAAGUGUUACCACAGGAAGCCCAAGGCAUUCUUAAGAGAAAAGUAUAUUUAGAAAGUUUUAAAUUAUACAUGUAUUAUAAGUAAUAAUAAUUAUUCAAAURAUAUUGUCAUUAUUAAAGUUCAUACUGUUUUUAACCAAAA